AUGUCCAACAACGAUUCUGAAAAAAGUGGUCAUAUCAAAGUCGACAUUCCAACAUCAUCACUGCCAGAUGGAAACUGGAGAAACAUUGAUCUUGCUGUUUUAUUCGAUAAGAACAAAUGUGAUUUAACUGAAUGUGAUCUCAAAGACGUCUACAGAAUACUCGAUUGCUCGCCACUAGGUCUCAAUGAUGAUGAGAUCAAUGAACGUCGGGAAAAGUUUGGACCAAACAAAAUAGAAAUUAAAGAACGUCAUCCAAUCAUUCGCUUUCUUCUCUUCAUGUGGAAUCCACUUUCCUGGGUGAUGGAAAUAGCUGCUUUAGUAGCAAUUGCAGUAAGUAAUGGCGAAAAUAAACCUCCUGAUUGGCCAGAUUUUAUUGGUAUUAUUUUACUGCUUCUCUUAAACGCCAGCAUCGGGUAUUUUGAGGAACAUCGGGCAGGAAAUGCUGUGAAAGCACUGAUGGCUUCAUUAGCACCCGAAUGCCGGGUUAAGCGAAAUGGUGGGAUUUGGUCAACAACUCCAGCGAGUGAACUUGUACCCGGUGAUAUUGUUUCAAUUAAAUUGGGUAAUAUUAUACCAGCAGAUGGUCGCAUAAUCUCAUCACCCGGUGGAAGCAUAGGGCUGGAUCAAGCAGCUCUGACAGGUGAAUCAUUGCCUGUUUCGAAAAAACCGGGCGAUAAAAUUCUAUCUUCGACAACCUGCAAGCAAGGUGAAUGUGAAGCCAUUAUUAUUGCUACUGGAACACAUACGUAUUUUGGUCGUGCAGCUAGUAUUGUCGGUUCAGCUCGCGAUGAAAUAGGACAUUUACAACAAAUUCUGGCUAAAAUUGGGAAUUUUUGCAUGGUUGGUAUUGUUGUUUUUGUUGUCGCCGAAAUCGUGGUAAUGUAUGCUGUCUUUCAUUAUCGAUAUCGACGAGGAAUAGACAACAUUUUGGUUUUACUUAUCGGAGGACUACCCAUUGCUAUGCCAACAGUCUUAUCCGUCACAAUGGCUAUUGGAGCUAAACAGUUGUCGGAAAAGAAGGCAAUCGUCACUCGCAUCACGGCCAUCGAAGAACUUGCAGCAGUGACGAUCCUUUGUUCUGACAAAACUGGAACAUUGACUUUGAACAAGCUGACCAUCGACAAAGACUCGAUCGAGCUUUAUGCAGACGUCACAUUGGACGAUGUCAUGAGAUAUGCUGCUUAUGCUAGUAAUCAGGAGCAUUCUGAUGCUAUUGACACAUGUGUUUUGGAAUCAUUUGGCCAUGCUGAUUCAAUUGGUCGGACAAUUAAUAUAAAAUCAUUCAUUCCUUUCGAUCCUACCAAUAAGCGAACCCAAGUAACUUAUGAAGAUAAAUCAACACAGCUUGUUCACCAAGUAACAAAAGGAAUGCCCGAAGUUGUUCUUGGGCUAUGUCUAGGUUCGCAAUCAGAGUCAUCUGAAAAAGCAGACAAAAUGAGGUCGGACGUCAUCAAAUUCGCUCAACGUGGCUUUCGUUCUUUAGCUGUAGCUAUAAAGCAGAAUGGUGGAGAUUUCCAAUUAAUUGGCCUGCUACCCAUCUUCGAUCCACCUCGAGAAGACACAGCUGAGACUAUCAGAAAAGCAAUUGAACUGGGUACAUAA